AGAUACUGGGUGAAGUAAAAAGUUUUGAGCGUUUUCGUUAGAUGGCAUCUCACGAUGUAUACGCUGCAUCUUGUCAUUCUAUACCAUUCUUUCUAUACUGCGAAAUAAAGGCGACAAAACGCUUUAAAAAAAGUUAUUUGGCAGUUUAGUGAAUCUAGUUGUGUUAGCGUUCCAAAAUGGAGGUAAAAAAAGAGAAAAUUCGAUACAUUCUUCAGUACCACUACGACCAAGGGGAUAAAGCGCAGCAGGCGGCCAAAAAAAUUUGUGAUGUUUAUGGACCCAAUACUGUAUCGAAUGCAACAGCAAAGCGUUGGUUCCGACGCUUCCGUUCUGGUAAUAUGGACAUCGAAGAUGAGACACGCUCUGGUAGGCCAAUCGUCGAAAAUGUUGAUAAAAUCAUGGAAAUCGUCGAGUCGGACCGGAAUGCGAGCACUUAUUCUAUUGCCCAGGAACUGAAUAUUAGCCAGAAAACCGUUUGGAACCAUUUGCAUAAGGCUGGUCUCAAGAAAGACCUCGAUGUAGGGGACAAAACAAAUAUGUCGACCAAACGUAAGCUCCCGCCAGCGAAAAAACCAGCCAAUAAGAGAAGCAAAAAGAAGGAAGAGUCUGAUGUUGAUUCAGAUUUAACUACAGGAUGAGGUCCUCAUUGCUGGUCAUGGGGAUAUGAUCUUCAUUAUUUUGUUUCAUAGUCCUGUAUAAACAUUUCAUUCUUAGUUAAAACAAUUACAAAACAAGUAUUUUGGAUGGAAUAACUAGAAUCAUGUACAUGUAAACCUCGUUUUGCGCAGAUUCACAAUAACGCUUAUUAAUUGCUGAUUUUACACUUAUAAUAUCAUUAACGUGUAAAAUCAGCAACGAUUUAGUUCUAUAUAAAUCUUAUAUAGAACCGUAUAGUUACCAUACUGUAAACAUGGGUUCAUUUUACGCCGAUUCGAUUUGCGACGGCUCUUUAGAAACGGAACUCCGGUGUAAAACGACGUUUGCCUAUAUAUACAUUUACUAUAGAAUUCAAUUAACUAUCGUUUGACCAUAUGAACGAAAUAAUUUAAUUAUAUUUCUAGUGAAAUUUA